CAGACUGCCCCCAGACCGCAUCAAGAUUCGCGCCACCUCAACGUCCUCGCACCGCCAGCCGUGCGAUGGAUCCAGUAACCGCAGGGAGCGCCACGCGAGCCCCGACCGGUUCCACCUUCUCCGCCCCGUCGCCUGCUCUCCCAUUUCCACAACCACCUCUCCCUUCCCCUCCCAUGGCCAUCGCGCGCUUGUCCCUCCCCUCCUCCUCCCAGAAACCCUAGCGCCCCGCUCCCCGCUCCCCGCCCCUUCCCCCACCAUGUCGUCGCAGACGGCGUCGGCGGCGCUCGGGUUCCUCCUCCCCACCUGCUGGGAGAUCGAGGUCACCUGCGCCGCGGCCAUGAUCCUCGUCGCGCUCUACGCCGCCUUCGAGCUCCUCGCCCCGCGCCCCUCCUCCCCGCCCACCGCCGACCACCUCACCCUCGCGCGGGACCUCGACGCCGCCGACAAGUACAAGGGAGGCUCCAGCGGGCCCUCGGCGUACGUCGUCAAGUUGGAGCUGCUAGCGGCGAAGAACCUCAUCGCCGCGAAUCUAAACGGGACGUCGGACCCGUACGCCCUUAUCACUUGCGGCGAGGAGAAGCGGUUCAGCUCCAUGGUCCCUGGAUCAAGAAACCCAAUGUGGGGAGAGGAAUUCAAUUUUGUUGUUGAAAGUCUUCCUGUAAAGAUAAAGGUGAAAAUAUAUGAUUGGGACAUUGUAUGGAAGAGCACAACACUUGGUUCAGUUACUGUUCCAGUUGAGUCUGAAGGGCAGAGUGGACCAGUUUGGCAUACGCUUGAUAGCUCAUCUGGCCAGGUGUGUCUUCAUAUUAAGGCAAUCAAGGUUCAUGAGAGCUCCUCCAGGGUUCUAAACAACUCUGCUGAGGCUGAUGCUCGUAGAAGGAUCUCCAUGGACAAACAAGGCCCCACUGUAGUUCACCAAAAGCCAGGUCAUUUGCAGACAAUUUUUGGGCUCCCUCCAGAUGAGGUUGUUGAACACAGCUAUUCAUGUGCACUUGAGAGGUCAUUUCUGUAUCAUGGUCGAAUGUAUGUUUCUUCAUGGCACAUUUGCUUCCAUUCAAACGUCUUCUCUAAGCAGAUCAAGGUUGUGCUCCCUUUGAGAGAUAUUGAUGAGAUAAGGAGAAGUCAACAUGCAGUUAUUAAUCCAGCAAUUACGAUAUUUCUUCGGAUGGGAGCUGGUGGACAUGGCGUUCCUCCCUUAGGAUACCCCGACGGAAGAGUCAGAUAUAAAUUUGCAUCGUUUUGGAACAGAAACCACACUAUUAGAGCAUUGCAACGAGCUGUUAAGAACUUUCAUACAAUGAUAGAGGCCGAGAAGCAGGAACGUGCCCAAUCUGCAUUGCGUGCCCUCAGUAGCUCAAGAAAGAAUAGCAGGAAGGAGAUAAAUGUUCCAGAAGAUUUUGCUGAUUUAACAGGGCAACUACAACCUUUUGUGAAAGAAGGAGUUCUAGUAUCUGUAUUCGAUGGAACAUUUCCGUGUACAGCAGAGCAGUUUUUUAAUAAUCUACUAAGUGAUGACUCAAGCUACACAACAGAAUAUCGGACAGCUCGUAAGGAUAAAGACAUCAAUCUUGGCCAAUGGCAUGUCGCAGACGAGUAUGAUGGUCAAGUGAGAGAACUGAAUUGUAAAUCCAUAUGCCACAGUCCUAUGUGCCCUCCGUAUUCAGCAAUGACAGAGUGGCAGCAUAUGGUUCUUUCAGCUGAUAAAACAGAUCUGGUAUUUGAGACUGUGCAGCAAGUACAUGAUGUUCCUUUUGGUUCAUUUUUUGAGAUACACUGCAGAUGGACUGUGAAAACUGUUAAUUCUAGUUCGUGCAGUCUUAAAAUAAGUGCUGGUGCACAUUUCAAAAAAUGGUGCAUAAUGCAGUCUAAGAUAAAGAGUGGUGCUGUGGACGAGUACAAGAAGGAAGUUCAAGAAAUGUUAGGAUUUGCAGAGUCAUAUAUGCUCAAAGCUAACCCCCCUAACCAAGAAGACGAUGUUCGUACCGAACAAGACAACAUGGCGGCAGAUCCAGAUAACAUACCUGGUGAUCAGUAACUAUUUGUGGUUAUGCUGUCGUAUUUAGGAUUAUAGCAACCGUCCCCUAAUAGUAGUUUAUAAUGUUAUACCCAGAUGAAGGCACGGUGGUUUUGUAGCUGUAACUGUAACUAGUCCAAAAUUCGAUAUGAUCAGCUGCCUUCAAGAACAAUGUUUACGAGAUCUCAUACUAGUAUAUAAACUCUUUUCCAAUUGGUUAA